GUGAGGGGCGGGGCUCUGGCCUCCACGUUGCGAGUGUCAGGAGGAUGAGCAGUAAGAAGGGGGGGCCCAAAGCUGCACCGGGGAAGGGGCAGGCGCCCCUCCCUGGGUCCAAGCUUCGAGCUGCUGCUGGGAAGCCGAAAGAGAAUCGCCAGGUGCAGAGGGAGACAGGCCAGCCAGCCAGAGAGUCCUACUCUGAGAACCCCAAGGUCCCUGCAGCCCCAACCGCCGAGGACAAAGCCGCCAUUGUCAUCCAGUGUGCCUUCCGGCAACAUCUGGCACGAAAGGAGCUGGCUCGCCGUCGGCAGGAGCGCCAGGAGUACCUGGAUGAAAUGGAGAAGCUGCAGAGAGAGGCCUACCUGGCCUUGGUGCGCCGGGAGCAGGAGGCGGCUCGGCGGCAGCGCGAGCAGGAGGAGGCGGCGGAGCGCGCCCGGCGGGAGGAGCUGCAGCGCCGCCGCCGCCUGCUGGAGGCUGCCUUCGAAGGGGACCUGGGCGAGAUCCGUGCGGUGCUUAAAGAGGUGGAUCAGCUCCUGACGCGCGAAGGCGUGGGCCACGACGAGGCGGGCAAGGCUCGGCGGCUGCAGAGGCGCGUGGCCACUGUGGAGUGCGAGGACAGCCACGGGAACACGCCUCUGUCCGAGGCGGCGGCGGGCGGGCAGCCCUUGGCCAUCCAGCUGCUGGCGGAGCUGGGUGCCAGCCCCAACAGCAAGGGCGCCUUCGGCCGCACGCCGCUCUACCGGGCAGCCUUUGGGGGUCACCUGGAAGCCGUGGAGGUGCUUCUGAAGCUCGGAGCAGACCCCCGGGUGUACGCCGAUGAUGGGAGCACUCCGGAGCAGGUGGCCUCACUGGUCGCAGUGGCCAGUGUGCUGCAGUCGUGGGACCUGAGCCUCACAGAGGCUAUGCUCCAGAACAUGGAGGCUGAGCAGCAGCGCAGGGCCCAGGAGGCCCAGAAGCACAAGGAGGCUGAGGCCAACCGUAUCAACCUCAAGGUCCAGCAGCUGGCUAAGGAGCAACAGAGGUGUCACAAGGAGCUACAACAGGCCUACUGCGAGCUCAAUCGGAGGAUCAUGGAGCAUGAUAAGUGUGAGAGGAAAUGCAUGGGCAAGACUGAGCUCACGCUGCAGGCCAUCAAGGAUGCAGAAGCCCAAGUGGACAGGUUGCGGCAGGAGGCACAGAAGGCUGAGGAGACACUGGCCAUGGCCAGGCUGGAGCUACGGGAGCAGACCCAGGAGGAGGAGGAGACGGCAGCACCUGGGCUGAAGUGCAAGGUCACGGAGCUCCAUGAUGUGCUGAUGAAGGACGUAGGUGACCGGAUCCGAGCUGAUGGACGGUGGCCUCUUGUCAUCGACCCUUCUGGCCAGGCAGCCACUUUCCUGAGAUACCAGGACACCAACUAUGUGGACACAGUAAACCCGGAGCACUUGAGACCCGAGUCGAUUCGGCUGGCUCUGCUGGGGGCGCUCAGGUACGGGAAACCACUGGUGUUUGACCUGCGGGAAGUGAACCUGUUCCCAGCGGUGCAGCAGCAGCUGGACGCGGUGCAGCCUGGCCUGGCACAGGCCUUGUUGAGUCGUGGGCUGCUGGCACAGGAAGGUUAUCUGUCCCUGCUGCGGCCCACUGACGGACCGGAGUAUGACCCCUCCCAGUUCCAGGAGGCACGCCUAGAGCACUUCCGCCUCUUCUUUGUCACCAGAGUUCAGUGGCCACCAGCUGACCAGCUGCAGAUCCUGCUCCCAGUACGCGUGCAGCUGUCCGGUGGAGGAUUCUAG